AUGGGUCAGCGGGCCUGUGAAUUACUAAAGCAGAAGGAGAUCAAGUGUGAAUCUCGGAAGUCUGCGAAAGAAAUUUUUGCGUCUGGUGGCGUAGAACCUUUACCGACCCUAGGAACUUUUACGGCAGAUGUCACGCAAGCUGGGCGUGGGUUUAAAGACGGAAGUAAGGCUGACUUCAUAGUGGUUGAAGGCGAUGGUCGCACGCUGUUAGGUCGCGAAACUGCCGAGGUGCUGAGCCUGCUGCGUGUUGGUCCUUUUCAGGCAAACAGUGUUGACGGAGGACGACCAGACGGCAGUGUUAGAGAAAAAUACAAGGAGUUAUUUAGUGGUGUUGGUCUUUUGAAGGGUUACGAAUUAAAACCGCAUGUUGAUGAGACAAUGAAGCCUGUAGCGCAGCAUGUACGCAGGAUUCGUUUUUGGUUGCGAGAGCAGGUUGAUGCGAAGCUUGAUGAACCUUUGAGGCUGGACAUCAUAGAGGAAGUGCCGGAGGGGCCGUCAGGAUGGACAUCGCCAUUGGUUGUUGUUCCCAAACGUGACGGUGACGUGAGGGUCUGUGUUGACAUGCGCCGAGUGAAUGAAGCAAUCGUCAGGGAGCGGCAUCCAAUUCCAACCGUCGAGGAGCUGUUACAUGACUUGAAUGGAAGUACCAUGUUUAGCAAGAUUGAUCUCAAGUGGGGUUUUCACCAGAUCCUGCUCAGCAAGGAAAUUCGUCACAUCACUACUUUCGUCACGCACCGAGGGCUGUAUCGGUACAAGUGGUUGAUGUUUAGGGUGACAUCGGCACCAGAAAAAUAUCAGCAGAUCAUCAGAGACGUGUUAAGAGGUUGUGCUGGGGUUGCCAACAUUGCGGACGAUCUUAUUGUUCAUGGAGGUGACGUGGAGGAACACGACAAGCGUCUUUUUGCUAUGUUGGAUAGGAUGAGUGAAGUGGGGUUGACGGUGAACGGAGACAAGUGCCAGUUUAGGUUGUCGAGGCUUACGUUCUUUGGCCAUGAGUUGACUAGAGACGGUAUAAAUCCAUGCGAAGAGAAGAUAGCCGCUAUUAGAGAUGCAAGACCUCCCAAAGACGCAAACGAAGUACGAUCGUUUAUAGGUAUUGUCCAGUAUUCUUCGAAGUUCAUGCCAGACGUAGCGUCCAUAGCCGAGCCUAUUCAAGAGUUGACCAGGAAGAGCGUCGUGUUUCACUGGGGAAAUGAGCAACAAGCAGCUUUUGAGGAACUAAAGCGUCUAAUCACCCAGGCGGAGACAAUGGCUUAUUUUAAGGUUGGUUGCAGAACGCGAAUCAUUGCUGAUGCAUCCCCGGUUGGCUUAGGGGCAGUUCUCACCCAGCAGCAGGGAGGCAUGUGGAGAGUUGUCUCGUACGCAUCAAGGAACUUAACUGACGUCGAACGGCGCUACUGCCAAAUGGAGAAGGAAGCGCUGGCCUUGGUUUGGGCAUGUGAAAGGACCAACAUGUAUGUUUCUGGACAGGACUUGGAGUUGGAGACCGACCACAAGCCUCUGGAGCGAAAGACUAAUAUAGCAGACGCGUUGUCCCGCUUGAACUCGGAUCACGUGGACCAUGGAGAGGAGUAUGACUAUGUUAGGGCAAUUGUUCAGGACUGUGUAUCCGUUCCUCUAUCACCUAGAGAGAUUGAGGAAGCUUCCUAUAAUGACGAGGAAUUGGCCCAGGUGAAGAAAUGUGUUAAGACAGGGAACUGGGACCAGUGUAUACUUCCCUCGUAUGCAAAGGUCAAGGACGAAUUAUGUCUGUAUGGUGAACUCUUGCUUCGAGGCACAAGGAUUGUGGUUCCCAGGCUCUUGCGCGACAGGAUGGUGCGGUUAGCACAUGAAGGGCACCAGGGUAUAGUCAAAACGAAGUAUCGUCACCGCAGUAAAGUUUGGUGGCCAAUAAUGGACAAAGACGUUGAGAAAUUUUGUAGAGUUUGUCAUGGCUGCCAGGUCACUUCUGUAUUUGACCCCCCUCCAGGUGCCUCUUGGCAGGACUGUGGAGCAGAUCUACUAGGACCCCUACCCACAGGAGAGAGACAGAUAUUGGCCCCCCAAUUCGUGUCUGAAGAGUCUGAAGCCUUUUUACGUACGAAUGGUAUCGAACACCGGGAAACGACUCCAUUGUGGCCACCAGCAAAUGGAGAGGUGGAACGCCAGAAUCGCUCGUUACUGAAAUGCCUACAGAUCGCACAUUUGGAAGGAAAGAACUGGAGACCUGAGUUGCUAGUAUGGUUGACGGCGUACAGAUCCACUCCGCAAACGACGACAGGGACUACACCCUGUUAUAUGAUGUUCGAUCGCGAGAUGAGAUCUAAGCUGGUAGACCUGAAGAGAGAGACAGCUGGUGUGCCAGGCGAGGAAGUGCGAGAGCGAGAUUGGUCAAGUAAAUUAAAGGGAAAAGCUUACGCUGACCUUAAGAGUGGUGCCAAGGCCAAAAGCAUAAGUGUUGGCGACACGGCUGUUGUCAAAGCAGAGAAAACCAACAAGCUGUCUACCAACUUUAACCCUGAUCCCUUUAAGGUUGUUCAUAAGACGGGGUCAGAGGUAACGCUUAGGAACGAGACUGGAAUUGAACUGAAAAGAAACACUGUGUUUGUAAAGAAGUAUAACGAGCACGGAGAUGUAUCCAAUGGCAAGGAAGACCAAGUGGUACAGGCAGGUUCUGCAGUACGGGUGGAUGACCCAGGGGCGAGCAAAAUUUCAGAGACGAAAGUCGUACCGAUGCCAAAAGAGAUUCCUGGAACGUCUGAAGAUUCUCAAGAACAACCUUGGCAUUUCCCAGACAAUGAAAAUACCGGAGUGGGAAGGCCUGUUCGGAGAUCGACCCGGACUGUAAGACCGCCCGAUCGUUAUAAAGCCAUAUAA